AUUUUCGGAAGUGUGCGUUACUACAAGAAACCUUCACUCGAAUCGGAAUCUUAGUUACUCGUAACCAUGUUUUUGCAACGAGAUCUUGGGACUCGGCAACUAUUAUGAUUUUUUCUAGACAAUUUUCCAAACUGUUCUCCCUUAGAGUAAAUGGUGUGCCUAUAUGGGCAAGUAAUAUUACUUGCCGUCAAUAAGCUAAAUUUUGUGCUAUGAAAUAAAUAAUACUUGUUCUGGAUUACAAUCAGUUUAGCUACUCCAAGCAACCAAUAAACGGUGAAAUACGCUGAAAAAUAAAGGGGAAAUAAUGGGGAAACGCGCUUAAAUGUCUGCUUUUUCGGCUGUCAGGAGGAAAUGGUUCGGAUUUCCCCCUUUAUGUCAUUGUGAUGUACAUCACAACUCGGGUGGGACAUUUGAUAUCUUCAAAGAAGUGCUAUCUUAAAUAUAUCAGGAUAAAUACUUGCGAAAAUCCCAACAUAGUUUCCCACUUUUACUACCACGAGUAGCAAAGUUUGUCUCUAAAAUAACAGAUAAACCUCUGCAUUAAUUCAGACAGUUACGUGCACCUGCCAUCCAAUUUUAGAUUACCUAGAUCACAUUAGCUUUAGAUCUGUCCCAAUGCGUUUGUAUACAAUGAAAAAGCGUUAUUUCGUUGUUGUCACAGUUACAUUCUCCCUAAUUAUUGGAUGUUCUAUAAUUUUUGGUAUAGUUGGUCCCAAUGUUUCAAAUUCCGUCACUGUUUCCACUUUGAUUCGUCCAAGUAUAACUAGUUUAGAAGCUAGUGUAUGCGAGGUAGAUUCUCCAUCUCUUUCAGUUUUUCAUCGUGAGCUGUGGUUAUCUGCUAUAAUUAAUCGUGCGCCCUUAGAACAAAAUGCCAAAGUAUCAGUAAAUAUCAAUACGUCUAUUCAAGUACAGAUACCCCAUCUAGCUAAGGCUGGGAGUAGAAUUGAAAUGUUUAAAUCAGAUCCGAAUUAUAAAACUUUUGUAGUCCAAAUGGGUCCAAUUCACAACCGGACUAUUCAAGUGAAUUGUCCCGAUACAAAAUGUGACGAACUAUUCCUACUUCAUCUUAUUCCAGUUGAUUUCACUAUUUAUAAAUUCCGUGUAACAUUCUAUCAUAAAUUAACUAAUAAUCAUUUAAAAUACGAAGAUUAUGAAGGCAAACAUUUAUUAUUUAAAAUAAUUGGUGUGGAUUUCAUUUUCCAAUAUUAUACUAUUGAAUUUACUUAUAUGGAAUUAGUAGUGAAGUUCAUACUUUUUGUUAUUUCAGAGGCAGUUACUGUUUGGUUUUAUAUUAAGAUGAAAAAAUUCAGUCUUAAUUAUUGGACAAUUGAACAGUGUUGUAUGGCUGUCUUAUUGCCUCUACUCAUACUUCAUAAUAAUCCUUUAUAUCCCCUUCAAUAUUUAACAACAAAUUGGUUUCCAUCAUGUCUUGGUUAUCUGUUUCAAAUCACAUUUGUCGCUGUAUUAUUAUUAGUUUGGUUAUGUAUAUUCCAUGGUAUACGAAUUUCGAAAAGGACGUUUCAGAAAUUUUAUCUACCGAAAAUCUGUUUGAUUAGCAUAUUUUGGUUAAUCAUAUUCUUAUUAAUUACUUGGAAAGUUUAUGUGGAACAUCACGAACCAGUGUUUGAUAUUCUAGAAUAUACGGAUCUUCUUAUCUUUACUGUGGUUUUUAUUAGUCUAUUUGGUUUUAUCUAUGUGGUACUAUUCACUGUGCUAUUCAUUCGAGCCUGUCAUAAAUUAAGAAAAUUACCAUAUUUUAACUUGCGUUUAUAUUUUCUAACAUUCCAAUCAAUAAUCUUCGUUAUCGUCUUAGGAUUUGCAUGUCUAUUGCACUUUAAUGAGAGAUUAUUAUCUCAAUCCAUGAAUUAUGUCCGUAAUGUUAAGGAUAAUAUCAGUAAAAUGACUGCACAACAGCAGAAUUCUCAAAAUUACAUAGGAUUACAACAUCGAUUUAAUGAUAUACUCGGUUAUCAUUCAACACUUGAAUUCUCAUUGAUACAAUUCACUAUUAAUUCAUACAUAAUUCUAUUGGCAUUUGCUUACUCUCCACCAAAUAAUACACAAAUAGAAAUGGAUGUAAAGGAUAAUCCAUCAUUAUCAAUGAUAAAUGAUUCUGACGAAGAUGUAAUUUAUGAAUCAGAUACUGAAACAAAGACAUUUUUAUUCUCCCAACGUAUGUAUUAACAAUGAUAAUGAUGUAACAUAUCUGUUUAUAUGUGAACAAUUCGUGUAUCCGAAUCAGCAGUGUAUUUCUAUGAUUAAUUCGUUUCGUGUUUACGUUUAAAUGGACCAGUGAAAAUCAUGAAGGUGCUUCCUUUUUACACACACACACACACCAUUGGAUUUUAUCAUGCGGAUUUCAUAUAGGUUGUUUUUUUAGAUCUUCACUUAAAAUUCCCCUGCUAUUUUUCCUUGUUUUUAACUAAAUCACUCAUUGUAUAUGCAUGUUUGUGUGUGUGUGUGUGCUAUGAUGUGGUGUAUUUAAAGCGUUCACCUUCCAAUCAUUACUUUACAGUUUCCAACUCUUCCAAAUCUGUAAAAUGUACACUAUCGGUUAACGAUCGCAAUCCACUAGAUCAAACGAAAUCUAUUAUUAGAUUAAAACCUUGACGGCAUUAACAGAGCUUCAAUUUGAUUAUUGAAUUAUAAUAUUCAUGUAAGAAUAUCCCUACAUUAUUAUUAUUAUUGUUUGUACAGAUUAUCUAUGACUGUUGUUUAUUUUUGUUUACUCAUCAAUAAAUUAUUUGGGAUUUCAGUAGUUUACAUUCAAACAAUCAUUAAUGAACUGUGAUAUAUCUUUAUUCGUAUAUUCAUGUUGGUUUUAUGUAGUUUGUUUAUUUUCAGUAGCUUUUUGCAUUUAAAAGAAAAAAAGUAAUAUUCAUUUUGUCACAUCGUUUAUCAAUUUGAUUCAUUUUUCUGUGUUGGUUGUUUGUUUAUAUAUAUGUAUUAAGAAAUGUCUUGUUUUCUUUGGAACAAACCUAUUGUUCAAAUAAAUUUUUCUGAUAACUUCU